UGAUCAAUAUGUUAUAUCGCGAGUACCUUGCAGAUAUCUAACUUACUAUCGAAACUUUUUUUAGGGAGCCAAGACAGCUCUAUAUCUUACAAGAUUUCUGGGGCACAUGACAUUGUUUACAGUAGUGACAAUCGAAUGAUUCGAAUAAAGGUACAAUGUAUUGCCAAGGAUUGAGCUCCAAAUAGUUGAUUGUCAAAUAAGAGAAGUUAAGCAUAUUUUCUACAAAGCUAUGUAAGUCUUUACUAAAGGCAAUGGCCACUCCCACUUCCUGGGCACAAGAGCUCAUCACUUGUGAUCUUUGUGAUAAACCUACCAAGCAAUUCUGUAAUAACUGUCAAGUCAGUUUAUGUGUGGACUGUGUCAGUAAACAUGUGGACAAAUUCAAGUCUCAAACACACGACAUUGUUCAUUUCACCAACAGGAAGAUACAACCAGUGUUUCCUGAGUGUAAGGUUCACUCAAACCAAAGAUGUGAGGCCCACUGCCAAAAGUGUGAUGUCCAAGUCUGUCUGAAAUGCAUUCUCAGUUCCCAUAGUGGACACAAGAUUGUGGAAAUACAAGAGAUUUUCAAUGAAAAGAAAAAUGAAAUUGAAAAAGAAAACCAAGAAAUCGAAUCCAACAUUCUUCCCAAGUACAGGAAGAAAAUGGACGAUAUUGCGGGCAAAAUAUCCACAUCAACCGCUAAAUUUGAUGAACUGGAAAAAGAAACAGAAAAGCACAGAAAACUAUGGCACCAAGAAGUAGAUAUCAUCUUCAGCAAACUCGGUUCCUUGAUCAAGUCUAUGAGAGAAAGUUUUCUCACUUCUUUAAAAUCUCACCAAUCCAAGUUAAAAAAUCUUAUUCCAGAUAUGCUGCAAACCGUUGAACAAAACAAAGAAAUCUUGAAGACUAACAGAGUGUCUGAAGUCAACAACUACAAAUCCAAACUGGCGAAAUACAGAUACAUACCUGCUUAUAUUGAUGGCAAAAUUCCCUUAUUGAAUACAAGAACUGUCCGAGGGAGAGAACGUACCAUAGAAUUAGGGAAAUACAAGGCUACAUUAACACAGAGAGCAUUAUCCAGCCUGACAGAUGAAAUCCCCCAUUUAUCUCUGAAUGUGUUAUUAGACAAAGCCAGAGUGAUAGCCACCAUUCCUACAGGAUUAAAAUCUUUAUGGAGAGUGGCCUGUGUAGGAACAGAAGAAGCCUGGGUAAAUGGAACAGACGAAGUUAUAAGACGUGUUGACAUACAUGGGUCUGUACAGGAAUCUUUUACGACGGGGUGUCUUUUCGGUCCUAAUGACAUAUCUUUGACCAGGCAGGGAGAACUGAUAUACUCUGAUUAUAACAAUUAUACAGUGAACAUUGUCAGAGGUGGCAAAACAGAGGUACUGUUCACCAUAUCACAAGGCUGGAUACCAAAGAGAAUGUGUUGUACAAAGUCAGGGGACAUACUGGUCAAUGUUAGUAGUAAGAAUCAAAACCAAAUACUACGUUAUCAUGGGAUGAAACUGAACCAGGAAAUUUAUAAUGAUGAACAUGGAAAUCCAAUUUUUAAAGGGAGUUCUGUAUUAUACCUGGCAGAGAACAAUAAUGGCGACAUUUGUGUCUCUGAUCGUAAUGCUGAAUUUGUGGUCGUGAUGGACAAGACAGGAAGAGUCCGAUUCCGAUACGAUGGUACACAAGCCAUGAGAGCAUUUAGUCCUAGAUAUAUAGUGACAGACUCAAUGAGUCAGAUCAUUGUGGUAGAUAAUAAUAAUGCUUGUCUUCACAUUCUUGAUCAGAAUGGACAGUUCUUGAGAUGUAUUGGCAAUUGUGGAUUAGAUAAGCCUAAUGGAUUGAGUUUGGACAGUGGAGGAAGGUUGUGGGUAGGAUUAAUGGAUUCAGGAGAAAUUAAAGUGAUUCAGUACAUGAAAUAAACAUAGACUGUGUUGUAUAUAUUAGAGAAUGACAGCAUAUCUUGUGAACUAUCCGUAUAGUACUACUACAUGAA